GGAUCAUUAGUUUGUACCUUCAGCAGAAGAGUGGAAAAAGGAACCUGGGCUAAUCUGUAAUAUUCAGAAAGAUGGGAAUUCGAAUGUGGUUUCUCCUAAACUGUCUCCUUCCACAUCAUCCCUGUCGUUGAGAAGGUAUGGUAGAGAAAACCGACGUUAGUCCCAUAGCUGUGUAGCAGCCCCGGCGGAGGUAAACCAAACGACUCUUCCCCCUCAUGCCGACUGCAGCCGCAAUUGCUCGUUUCCAAGUCCAAGUUCUCCAUCCAUCCCCUUUCUUCAAACCAUCAACCCUCUUCUCAAAAUUCCCUCGCUCUUCUCUGCCAAUUCCCUCCACACUCAAGCGCAGCAACACUCGCUUCCGUCGACUGUCCUCUCUCACUCCACCUCUCUGCUCCAGCUCCUCCCACUCAUCCUCCGCCGGCGGCUCCCUCGAGAGUCAUUCCAGUAGCGAAUCGGGUGGGUCAAUAGUUGGUGAUUUAUUGGAUUAUCUCAACGAGUCCUGGACUCAAUUUCAUGCCACUGCUGAAGCAAAACGGCAACUACUUGCUGCUGGAUUUCAUCUUCUAAAUGAGAAUGAUGAGUGGGACUUGAAGCCUGGUGGGCGCUACUUUUUUACCCGGAAUAUGUCCUCUUUGGUUGCAUUUGCCAUUGGGGAAAAGUAUUCCAAUGGGAACGGUUUUCAUAUAAUUGCUGCUCACACUGACAGUCCAUGUCUCAAACUGAAGCCAAAUUCUGCCUCAAGCAAAUCCGGCUAUCUUAUGGUUAAUGUGCAAACUUAUGGCAGCGGUCUAUGGCAUACUUGGUUUGAUAGAGACCUAAGUGUUGCUGGAAGGGUCAUCGUUAGAGCCGACAAUGGCUGUUUUCUGCAUAAGCUUGUUAAAAUUAAAAGACCUAUUCUACGAGUGCCUACAUUAGCCAUUCAUCUUGACCGUACAGUGAACAAGGAUGGGUUUAAGCCCAACCUUGAGACACAUCUCAUUCCACUAUUGGCAAAAAAAGUGGAUAAUGCAUCUGCUGAGACCAAAGAUAAAAUUAAUAUGUCAUCUUCAAAAGAUGCUCACCAUCAACAGCUACUGCAGAUCUUGUCAGAUGAGCUGGCCUGUAACAUUGAUGACAUCAUUAGUAUUGAGUUGAAUGUUUGUGAUACUCAACCUAGCUGUCUUGGAGGUGUGAACAAUGAGUUCAUAUUUUCUGGAAGACUGGAUAAUCUUGCUUCAAGCUUUUGUGCACUGCGAGCUCUUGUUGAUUCUUGUGCGUCACCCAAAGAUUUGUCAGAUGAGCGUGCGAUUCGUAUGGUUGCUCUUUUUGAUAAUGAAGAGGUGGGCUCAGAUUCAUAUCAGGGAGCUGGUGCACCAACUAUGUUUGAAGCCAUGAGACGAAUAACUGAUUGUUUAGAUCUCCACUAUGUUAGAGAAAGCAGUUUUGCACGUGCAAUUCGCUGUUCCUUUUUGGUGUCUGCUGACAUGGCUCAUCGAGUUCAUCCAAAUUUUAUGGACAAGCAUGAAGAGCACCACCGUCCAGAACUGCAAAAGGGACUAGUUAUCAAGCAUAACGCCAACCAACGCUAUGCUACAAGUGGAGUUACAGCAUUUCUUUUUAAAGAAGUUGCAAAAAUGAAUAACCUUCCAACUCAGGAAUUUGUGGUGAGAAAUGAUAUGGGCUGUGGAUCCACUAUUGGUCCUAUACUUGCUUCCGGUGUUGGAAUUCGCACUGUUGAUUGUGGCAUUGCUCAGUUAUCCAUGCACAGUGUUAGAGAGAUAUGUGGGAAGGAAGAUGUGGACUUUGCAUACAAGCACUUUAGGGCGUUUUACCAGACAUUCUCUAGCAUUGACAGGAAGCUGAAUGUCGAUAAGUAGCCUGGUGGGGGUUGCUUCACUUUUUCCUUAUUUGUCUCUUACCAGAGAGAGAGAGAGAGAGUGUGUGUGUGUGUGUGAUUGAAUUUUCUUGAAAAGUAAAUGCUUUCUGAAAAGAGAUUAUAGCUACAUAAACUUCAUAGUUCCGCAUGAAAGGAAACUGCUAUUGUAAGAAAGAUGGACAGAUGACUCCAAUUGACAAAGUAGGUAAUGUGUGGGGUAGUAAAUACUACUCCCAAGCAGGCAGAACGGGUGAAAGACAUCACUAAACUCUUCUGGAAAGGAACGGACCCAUUCAAAUUUUCUUCUGUUCAGAGUUCUUGGAGUUUCUUUUAUUUGCGGAAGAACUUGUCCCAGCAUUAUUUUCAGCCCCAGUUUGGGGACUGGGAUGAUCAGCUUCACGGCAUAGCUUCAUCUCCUCAUGUAAAAGCUCGUUCUCCUGCCUGAGCUCUUUGGCUUUCUUCCUCAGCUUCUCAUUCUCAAGCAUGAUGCGGCAGUUCUCCCAGAAGAGAUUAGCAUUUUCUUUUUCCAUGAUGAACUGAUAAAGGUUGAAGACUACAGUGAGAUAAGGGCGGCACAAUUUGAUUCAGUCUCUAUCAGAGAACAUGGUGAGUAAUGCAAUGAAACAGUCAAGUAUGUGCAAGAAAAUCCUAUGGGAAUAAAAUGGAUAGAAUGAAUGUGUCGCAUCCUUUGCUCUUUUUGUUAUCAACAAAAUGCUGAAGUAAGAGGAGGAGGCAAUGAUUCCGACUCUUUAUCAGCACGUAUGAUAAAAUAACAAGGCAAGAAAUAUACAAUGAUGACAUUUGCUGGGAAGUUGGGUUCCAAGGGGAACAACUUCUUACCCUGUAUUUGAGCUAGAUUGCAGUGGAUGAGGUGGUGUUAAAGGUACUUAUGCUUUAUAUGAUUUUGGAGAUCGUAAUGAGGAGGCUUGGUAUAAAUUUGCAUUGGUAGCUCA